GUCGGAGGCUGCACGUGGGCUAAGAUUUGGGAACUUUCCGGCCCAGCCAUGGACACCCCGCGGAGGCGCAGCCGGCGGCUGGAAGGACUAAAGCCUGAAUCCCCCGAGAAGUCCACCUCAGUCUCACGAGCGAGACGGGCCCUGGUGGAGGUCGAGUCGAACCCAGAAGAACCGAGGGAGCCUGGGUCUCUUCAGAGUGUUCUGCAGCCCAUCCUGGAGUCCCCCGAACAGCAGCUGGAGACAAACCCGGGAUCACCCAGACUACGGCAGGAUGCUGGCUUGGAGUCCCCCCGAAGGCAGCCAGAGCCGGACCCAGAGUGCCCCCAGGAUCAGCAAGAUGCUGGCGUGCGCUCGCCCCCGAGACAGCUAGAGCCAAAUCCAGAAUCCCCCCCCCUUCAGCCAAAGCCAAAUGGAGAACCACCCGAGCCCUCCCUGGGCCAAGAAGAACCGAGCGCGGAGUUGAUCCAGAGUGAGGAGGAGCUGGCUCCCAGUUGCCCCCGACUUCAGCCGCAGCCGGGCCCAGGAUCUCCAGAGCCUUACCCCGGUCAGCAAGCACCGGGUCCCGAGCCCUCGCGGCCGCUGCAGGAACUGACACCCCAGUCACCAGGCUCCCCUCCGAGUCAGCACGAGCCCAGUAAGCCACCCUCGACCGGGGUCACGUUGACAGAUGGCCCCGGAGCAAAGAAGCGGAAAGGCUCUUUGACACUGGCCCCCUCAUCCAAGAAAUUGAAAAAGGAGGAGGUUCCUCUAAUCCCGAAGGGGAAGCCCAAGUCCGGGAGAGUGUGGAAGGACCGCUCCAAGAAGAGGUUCUCCCAGAUGGUUCAGGAUAAGCCCCUGCGCUCUACCUGGCAGCGGAAGAUGCAGGAUCGGCAGGAGAAGAAGCAGGCCAAGGACUUUGCCCGGCAUCUGGAGGAGGAGAAGGCGAGGCGCCGGCAGGAGAAGAAAGAACGCCGGGCCGAGAACCUGCGGCGGCGCCUGGAGAAUGAGCGCAAGGCAGAAGUCGUCCAAGUGAUCCGGAAUCCAGCCAAGAUCAAGCGGGCGAAGAAGAAGCAGCUGCGCUCCAUUGAGAAGCGGGACACCCUGGCCCUGCUGCAGAAGCAGCCGCCCCAGCAGCCCGCGGCAGCCAAGAGCUGAGCUCGGCGCCCCGGGCCUUCGGUGCCAGCCACCCCAGCUGUCAGACCCGGCUCCCCAGCACUGGCAGCAAGACAAGCACCCCACCCCAGGUGGGGCUCAGAGCCUUUGACGGCUUUGGGCAGGUCUCCGGGACAGGCCCAGAGGGAAGCCUGGGGCCCGGCAGCAGCUGGAGGAGGAAGGGCGUCGGGCUCCCUUCCUCUGCCCGGCCAAAACGCCCAUCUCCCCUCCUCCAAGUGCCUCCAAGCCAAGAGGUAUAAAUUCUGGUUCUUCAGAGAGCUGGUGGCUAGAGAGGGACCCCCCACCCCCAAAUAUGGAUGAUCUGUCUUCAGGUCCUGGGUCCACCCAGGCCAGCAGUCAGGAAUCCAGGUCCCCACUCGCUGCCUCUGCACCCCACUGACCCUGACACCCAGGAAACUGUUCAGUUUCACCCCACGUGUCAACACGGAGGAUUAAAACAGAUGGUUGCUG